AUGUUAGGACUGAGGUGUGCUUUAAUUCUGUGCGCGACGUCCUUCGUGACGGCGUUAGAAUUGAACGCCCAAGAUGUCGCCUUCCAUUUGUUCACUAGCCGGACUUAUCCACAAAGCCAGCGGAUAUUUCCAAAUAUGCAAAGUAUCAUGAACAGUGAUUUUCAUCCACUCCAACGGACUAUUGUGACGAUCCAUACUAAUGGCGAAACAGUGGCUGGAAACUUUAACGCAUUUGUUGUCAAAGCUCACGUAGAAUCUGCGGAUGUGAAUGUCAUUGCUGUUGACUGGAGCGUAGGAUCCCGCAUGUAUACCCAGGGUCUGGGAAAUGCGCCUCAGUGCGGUGCAAUAAUAGCCGAUUUCAUCAAUUUUUUUAUCGUCAGCCGAUUGCAGGAUGUUAGCCUUAUGCGGUUCGUUGGCGUAGGUCUUGGCGCACAAGUCGCUGGUAUCGCUGCCAGAAACGUUUUGGGGCCUCUACCUCAUAUAGUAGCUCUAGAUCCUGCUCUAGUUGGAUGGACUUACAACCCUCAUCAAUUGACAAAGUCUGACGCCGAAAUUGUUGAGGUAAUCCACACCACUGCUGGCAUUCAGGGCUACGAUUAUCCCCUGGGAGAUAUCGACUUUUACCCCAAUGGUGGCUCGAGACAAAAUGGUUGUGCAGAAAUCCUAACAUGCUCUCAUCAGAUGUCUUUCGUCUUCUACGCUGAAUCAAUAAGUGUAGAACUGACUCAAGGUAACCGUUUCGUCGGCACCAGGUGCAAUACUUACGAACAAGCAAUAAUUGGCGAAUGCAAUGGUGAAAGAGAUGCUAUCUUCGGUGGUAUCGACGCCGAAAAGAAACCAUCCGGCAUCUAUCACUUUGAGACGAACUCUGCACAACCCUUCGCCCGAGGUUGA